AUGGGCGCCGGUGAACGUUGGUGGUGGGUGGUGGCUAGGGCGGUGGGUGGUGGCAACGACGGUGGGCGGUGGUCAGUGGAUGGUGAUAGGUUGGUGGUAGCGGGGUGGGUGUCGGUGGUGGUGGCAGCGAGGAUAAAGGUGGGUGGCAGCAGCGACGACGGUGGAUGGUGUAGGUGGUGGGCAGUGGCGGCCGGGGGGGGGGGGGGUGGUAGAGGUGGUGGGUGGGCGGCAGCGAUCGGCGGUGGUGAACGUUGGUGGUGGGUGGCGGUCGUGGGUGGGUGGGUGGCGAUGGGUGAUGGUGGACGACAGUGGUGGGUGGCGGUGGUGGCGAUGGUAGUAGGUUGUGGCGAUGAUAGUUGGUUGUGGCGCUGUUAA